ACUAACAUUCAGUAUGAUGACAAAAUCACGUUUUACAUUUCACAUUUGCAUGAAGUUGCAAAAAUUGGAAGCUUAUGAUAACUUUACUUGUAUAGCAGCCUGAAGAAGAGAAUUCACAAAGUGCUCAGUUAAAACAUGCAACACAGACAGUCAAGCAAGAUAUAGGACACAAAUCAGAACAGUCAAUUAAAAUAAAUAGUAAAAAGGAUCAUAAAUUACAUGAAUAAUUAGCUAGAUUAGCACUUUUAUAUCAAACAAGGGAACUAGGCAGUUUGAAAAUUAAAGAAUAAGAUUGAGAGUUAAUGUUACAAAUAAAAAAUCUAAAGAAGAAAAUUAGAGAAUUAGAGAGAUGACAUCACACCAAAGAACCAGGCAGCUAAAAUUAAAAUAAAACGAGAGCAAAUCUAAAAUAAACAGGACAUAAUACAGAAUAAAACACUGAAAUUAAAUAGAGCUAAAAGCAAACUUCAUAUAAAAAUGUGUUUUCAGAAGUGAUUUAAGAGAAGUUACUGACUGCAAGCUUUAUUCUUCUUCAAGUUGAUUUUCCCUAAAAUUAACUUUCAGUGAUUCUCAGGAAUCUAAACUCGUGACUCUGAUGUUACUUCAUUUGGAUGAAGUGAAUUAAAUGCUUCUUACCAAGUUGGUUCAACACUUCUCGUUUUUCGUUACAGAUGUUUGGAUGUUUUUUUUUGCACGGCAUUUGAUUUAUUUAGAGCAGCUUUUUUUUAUUUAGCUGCUGACAUCCAUCAGGUUUUAACUCGUCUGGAAACAGGUUUUGCUCAUUUUAAGCAAAAUCAAUCGACAUACAGUAAAGCCAAUGAAUCAGUGUUGAUUUAUUUGGCAGAAAUCUGUGCAUUUUCUUGUUAUUUCUAAUCAUUUGGGAAGCAAAAAUAUUUGUUAAACUUUAAGUCAUUUAUUUGGGAUUUUUUGCCUUUUUUAUAGUUUGAAAGCAGAGAGAAGAGAAGAGUAGGGGAAGGACCUGCAGCACAUGACGAUGGGUCAGACUCAAUCCCAUGACCGCUGCAUCAGGACUAUAGACCUUGUUUAAAGUUUUUUUAUGGGUCGCCCACUCAACCAGUUGAGCUAUAAGGACACCUGAAUGUUUGUUAAACUUGAGUAAAUUAUUCCCUGAAUAACAAAACCGGUUUUAUUCUGAAUUCUUAUCAUUCUAAUGUUGGUGAUUUUCCUUCAAUGCAGAGAAAACCCUUUUGGAAGAUGCCAGAGAUUCCUCCCUGUAGGAAAAUCCCUGCUCUGACUGGUUCUGUGGAGAACUUUCGGGGUUAAACGGGGCAUCAGGGCACUGGACGUCCUUCCUGCUCAGCCGCCAACAAACUGGAGCAGCAAUGAAAGGAAGCAGUCAUGAGAGGAUGAAAAGAUAGAUGGGUGGAGGUCAGGAGGAGAGAGGAUGAGGUCUCCCAAAGAGACCACUGGGAGGGAGGAGGCUGAUCAGAUGCAGGCUGAAGGACUUGAAAGAGGAGGAGGCUGGAGGGAAACUCCCUGCUGGUUAUGAACAACGGCUGAGGCUUGGAGCAGCAGAGCAGCUCCAACUGAGCUGAAGGACAAAACUCUGCCGAGCUGCAAUCAGGAAACUGUUUCCGUUUUUAUAAAUUGGAUUAAGACAUCUGGAGCCCUGGAGACGUGUGGGCGGCUGAGCGGAUGAAUGAGAGCUGCAGGAUGACGGAAUAAAAGCUUCCAGCCGAGGAUCCUCCCGAGGUUUGACUCUGCAGGUGUGAACAACUUUAUUUCUUCGUGCCGUGAAGGAAAACUGAGAGAAACCUGAUGACACAGCGCUCAGAGUUCUCUCCUGCAGCACCUGCUCAUCACUGAAAUUGGUUUCCAUCCUGCAGCUUCAAAGCCGGCAGCAAUCAUCCACAGUGUUUGUCUAUAUUCAAAACAGAGCAGAAAAACAGCUUGUAAUUAUGCUCUCACUCUCAUUAUCUCUGUUUCUGCUGCUGCACCACUGAGAGGUGAAGCCAGAGUGGAUGAGAGGAGGCUUUUCUUCUUCCUCCAGAUUAGAGAAGGUGGAGAGGAAGGCGAGGAGGGAGGGAGAGAUAAACAGAGGCAGUUUAAGGCGGUAAACACAGCGAGACUCUAAACACAUCAGCCAUAAAUCAGCUGUAUUUGUCUGAAACAGUCAAACUGGAGCAAGGAGGCGACGCUGUGCUGGUCAGACUGGGAGCAGUGGAGGAGUGAUCACCCACAGCAGAUUAUUUGUGACUUAAAAACUUUGAUUUUGCAGCAGAGCAGAGGACUCAUGGCCUGCUGCGGUGUGUCCUGCCUGUGCAGUAAGAUGAACCAGCAGCAGGGCAGGUCUUCGUCCGGCCUCCCCCCCAGGACGCUGCUGCUUCUGCCCCUGCUGCUGCUGCUCUACCUGCCCCUGUGGAGCCAGCAGGCCGAGGCCGUGGUCCACUCCAGCUUCAGGAGGCUGAGCGGACGCGAGAAGAAGGAGAUGCAGAAGGAGAUCCUGAGCAUCCUGGGCCUGCCGGGGCGCCCCAGACCCCACCCGCCUCUGAGGCCGCCCUCCUCGGCGCCCCUCUUCAUGCUGGACCUUUACCACGCCAUGUCGGUGGACGGCGAGGACGACGGCAACGAGAUUAUUGUGAACGGACCCGGCGUGGGGAAGUUCCCGGGGACGACUCAGGUGAACCACGCCGCCCUGCCGACCCUCAGCACCCACACACCGCCGCUGGGGACGGUGGUGAGCGAGGCCGACACCGUGAUGAGCUUCGUCAACCUCGUGGAGCAGGAGCGUGACCUGCUGCAGCCUCGUCCUUACUGGAAGGAGUUUCGCUUCGACCUGACUCCUCUUCCUCAGGGAGAAACCGUCACAGCGGCAGAGUUUCGUAUCUAUAAGACUCUGACGAUGGGCCAGAGGGCGAACAGAACGCUGCACAUCUCCGUCUACGAGAUCCAACGAGAAAACAGACACAGAGAACCAGAGCUGGUGCUGCUGGACAUGCAGUCGGUUCCUGCAGGUCAGGAGGGCUGGUUGGCCUUCGACGUCACCGCGGCCUCCAACCACUGGCUGCUCCACCCUCGAAGCAACCUGGGAAUAAGACUGUAUGUGGAGACCGAGGAAGACCGCUCCCUGUCCGCCGGCUGGAUCGGGUUGGUGGGUCGUCGGGGUCCUCGCUCCAAGCAGCCCUUCAUGGUGACCUUCUUCAGGGAGAGUCAAGUUCCCUGUCGGCCGCCGCGAGCUGUCAAGCCUCAUCCUCGCAAGAAGAAACUCAAAUACGACCUCCCGGUGCCCAGCAUCCACAAUCGGAGUCCUGCUAACAACGGAGGUCAACCCUGUAAAAAACAUGAACUCUACGUCAGCUUCAGUGAUCUCGGCUGGAAGGACUGGGUUUUGGCUCCGACCGGAUACUCGGCGUACUACUGUGAUGGAGAAUGUUUUUAUCCUCUGGGAUCCUGCAUGAACGCCACCAACCACGCCCUCAUCCAGCAGGUGGUUCACCUCCUGAAGCCGGACGAGGUUCCCAAAGCGUGCUGCGCCCCGACGAAGCUCAGCCCCAUCUCAGUCCUGUUCUACGACGACAACAACAACGUUAUCCUGAAGAAGCAUCGCAACAUGGUGGUGAAGACCUGCGGCUGUCUAUGAGGCUGAUUCAACAUCUGGACUCCCAGAGAAGAGGUUGAGUUUCUCUGCAGUGGGGUUGUAUGAGGUAAACAAGAAGCUCAGCUGUGUGCUGCUGAGAACACAAACAGUCAACAUUAGUUAAGUGUUUGGUUUACUUAGAAUAUUCUCACCACUUUACCGUACUGUCAGACAGGUGUUUCUUCUGGUGUGACAUUUUCUCAUCUAUUGAACUUCUUUAUUCCUGCACAGUUCCAGCUGUGCAACACAGGAAGAAAUACAGAAGUUCAGAGAAAGUAAUUUUAAAAGAAACGAGCUGUCCGACAGCAAGGAGAGUGGUGAGAAAAUUCUAAAUAUAGUCCACACUUCCUCAUACAACCCACCUAAAAGAAAACGUUCACCGAUUCUAACUCUGCAUCUAAAUUCAAAUGUUUUCAAACAGAAUUUGUCUCACCAGCAUCAAACCACACAGACUUCAUUUUACUACAGGUUCAGUCUGUAACGACAGAAAGGCAAAUGAUAUUGGAUGGUUUCAGGAACCAUUAGUGAUGCCUGAUCUGUUGUAAGGAGGAGAUUAACUCACAGCACUACUGUUGUUACGCAAAAAUGUAUAUGAAGAGAUUAUUAAAAUGUAUUCAAUUAAUAAAAACGUGUCUCAUCUUUUUUAUGGCUCGGACUGUAAAUAAUCAAAUGUCAUUUUAAGGCCAAGAUAUACUCAACUGUAAACAGUUAUGACACUAUUUUCCAGUUAGCUUGGAGUCAAAGCUCUGAAUGUACACAGUAGAUCAGAUUUUGUGUCAUCCAUGCAUGUCGGGUGCUGUGGCUGCCAGACAGACUUGUGCAGAAUGAAGUUUACAUCCUUGCAGAUCUAAACACUAGCCUUACAUGUGCCAGGUCAGAGUUACACUUUCUGCAUCUGCAAGGAUCCAUGCAACAUAAAUUUUGACUUCACUACAAAAUGUGCAGCCUUUGGUCGCUGCAGACUCGUGCAGAUGAUAAACUCUACAUCACAUGGACAUUUGUAGAUGAACACUGGUCUCACUGACACCUGUACAGUUACUGUUUCAGCUUCCACACACAUCUGUGGAUGUACAUUUCAUAAUCUGUACAAAUCUGACUGGCAACAAAUGCAGUAAAGCACAUGUGCAAAGAAAAAUGUACAUUACUUUCUACUGUACAGCUACACUACUGUUUGGAGUCACUUAGAAAGGUCCUCAUUUUUUAAAGAAAAGCAUUUUUUUCUUUAUGAAGAUCACAUUAAAUGAAUCAGAAAUACAGUCUAGACAUUGUAAAUGUAUUAAAUGACUAUUCUAGCUGGGAACAGCUGAUUUUUAAUGGAAUAUCUCCAUAGGGGUACAGAGGAACAUUUCCAGCAACCAUCACUCCUGUGUUCUAAUGCUACAUUGUGUUAGCUAAUGGUACUGAAAGGCUCAUUGAUGAAUAGAAAACUUUUGUGCAGUUAUGUUAGCACAUGGAUAAAAGUGUGAGUUUUCAUAGAAAAUAUGAGAUUGUCUGGAUGACACCAAACUUUUGAACAGUUGUGUAUGUAACGGAUGUCCUCCAAGCAGACUAGAAAGUAGAACAGCAACAACAAAUGUGUUUGCAAUGGAGUAUAGUCACAGCAAGAUGUAUAAAAUUUGGAACUUGCCUUCCUCAUGAGCAGCUAAAAUGAAGUUUAACAGAAGAAAACUACUGACUUCUUCUUUUCCUUUUUCUAAACAGACAUUUAAAAGAAGGUUAAGUAGCUGUUUUGGCUGACUUUCUGAUGCUAAAGUGAUAAACUAUUUCAGCUGCAACACUAAAAAUAAAGAGUUACACCUUAAGGAACAGUUUGGUUCCUAUGAAGUGAGGUUUGUAUGAGGAACUUAUCCACAGUCAGUUUAUCACUUCCAGUAGAUGAGGAUCAUACUCUCAGCAGACAGGAGGACCAGCUGUGGACCGUUUCAGCAGCAAUAUUUUAGCCCUUAAAAAGAAGAAUCAACAUCUGUUUAGAGUAUUUUCACUGCUUUACCUUGAGUCUCUUUUCCACUGAAGAACACAAACUGUUUCAUCUCUUUCUUUAGACUCCAUUUGUGGGAUCUGUUGGCUUUAAAGAAAGAGAUACAACAGCUUGAGUCACAACAAACUAAAAGCAUCAAGUAAAAAUGAGUUCUACUGAUUUUAACUUCAUCUUUUACAAAUAAACACCAUACCUGCAUGACCCCCGUGUUUCAUCACCUCGUCAAAUUCAACAAAGUCAGCCAAGAAGACGAAUCACAUUAAAUACAUUGUUCAAUUUAUUGAAAAGGGUAAAAAAAAAAAAUAGUACAGUGAAAGCAAAUCAGCUUAGUUUUU